UGGCAUAAAAUAUGUAAGAUCGUGACAGCUCUAAACACGAUUAUUCGUGGACUGCUCUCCAUAUUUGCCUGAUUUCUUGGCUUGAACACCCGGUUUCCGGCAAAGAAUUCUCAGUUUAUCACCGUGGCUCUUUGAUUGCAACACAGCUUGGCUCCAUUGUAUUACAUUGAAGCUUUCCCAGAGGGCACAGCUUCCGCAGACGUCUCAGAAUAACCAAGUACAGAAGAGGACGAAACUAAUAAGCUACCCAGCAAAUUCGAGCAAAGACAUCUCUAGAGCACCAUGAUCUGGGAAGCCGUCUACGCAGUUAGCGUAGCUGCCUUGGUGUACUCUCUGGUAAAGUAUCUUGCUGCCAUUUUUGAGCUGAAAAAUUACCCACCCGGUCCAUUUCCGCUGCCACUGAUUGGUAACUUGCACUUGAUUGGAAAGAAACCCGAGGAAUCUUUCAAGAAAUUGUCCAAAGUAUAUGGAGACGUGUUCAGUGUUAGUUUUGGUAGCCAGCGUAUUGUUGUUAUCAACAGCAUCCACCCAGCUCGAGAAGCCUUAAUUACGAAGGGGGAUGACUUCGCUGGCCGGCCUCAAGACAUCUACCUUGCUGAGAUCUAUUCACGUGGUUAUGAAGACAUCGGAUUUUCCGACUAUGGACCAAAAUGGAAACUAAUGAGGAAGCUUGCACAUGCGUCAAUGAAGAUGUAUGGUACUGGCCUUGAGGACCUUGAGAAGAAGGUUCUUUUAGAAAUACAAGCAUUAAACAACAGGCUCGAUAAGACCUCUGGAAGCCUUAUUGAUCCAAAAAAUGACAUCAGUCUUGCUGUUCUCAAUGUCAUAUGCUCAAUCGUUUUUGGCAGCCGUUAUGACAUUAAAGACAAAGAGUUUCUACAAGUUGUUGAAUACAUGACUUUAAUUAUCCAGGGCUUUGAAAAUGCAAGUAUCAUUUCCAUUUUUCCUUGGUUGCGAUUUUUCCCAAACAAGGGUUUAUCUAUCCUGAAGCGUGGAAUUCAACUACGGGAUGAGAUUUUAGAUAAAAAGUUGAAAGAACAUCGCGAUUCGUUUGAUUCAACCAACAUAAGAGACUUUACGGAUUCAUUGUUGCGAGAGUUCUCACAAGAAGCCACAGAGGACAACAAAGUGCACAAGUACCUGAACGACACAAAUCUUGAGCAAAUUGUCAGUGACAUGUUCUUCUCUGGUGCCGAGACAACGGCAACGACAAUCUUAUGGUGCUUUGUCUAUCUGGUUGUUUGGCCAGAUGUGCAGGAAAAGAUUACAGAAGAGAGAAAAAAGAAGAUCGGCGAAAGAGUACCUUGUCUACAGGACCGAGGAAACCUGCCGUAUUUGGAAGCAACAACCCAGGAAACACUACGAUUGUCGUCCAUUGUGCCACUUGGUGCACCUCACAAAGCAAUGCGGGAUAAUACUUUGAACGGGCAUUGCAUACCACAAGGUACUCAAGUAUUUGUCAACCACUGGGCCUUUCAUUACGAUGAGAGAGAAUGGGAAGAUCCCUAUGCUUUCAAGCCUGAGAGAUUCUUAGAUGAUAACGGGAACUUUGUCCAUGGAUUAAACAAGAGCUUUUUGCCAUUUGGCGCAGGACGAAGAGUUUGUGUCGGAGAAGCAAUGGCAAAAGUGGAACUAUUUCUUUUUUUGUCUAACAUUUUGUACCGAUAUGAGGUUAGACAGGUGGCUGGAGAAGCUGGACCCGAUGUCAAUGGUGUACUGGGAGUUGUUCUUGCACCAAAGCCAUACAAGAUUCAGUUUGUCAAAAGACCUCAAGCGGCCGACUUAGAGUUUUAGCUUUAAUAUCAUUUCUUCAGCCUGUCCACAGAAAAACUUGGCAAAUAUGAACAGGUUUUGCUUUAUAAUGAAAAUCUUUGCGUUUUCAAAUCACAAUAAACAUACUUUUUUGAACAAUAUUUCAAUAUCGCUAUUGCAUUUGUGCCGAGGUUAAUCCCUGUAGUAAUUGCUUACGAUGCUUUUUAAAGGCAGCAUAGUUCAGCUUUUGUUUCAACUGUUAACAUUUCCAUUGUUAAUAUUCAUAUCAGCUGCCAAUCCAUCUGAUUUUUAUCAUCAUCUGUUUGUCUGCUUGCAAUGCUUUUUACCGUGCAUUUUAUGUAAAAAUUACAUUUCAUUGUAAGCCUGUUUGCUAUUUCUUUUGGCUCCUUCUUUUAUCUUUAAAUGCUGUAUCUAACUAUUUAUUGGUUCUUGUAUAUCUGUUUUUUAUCAUGUGCCCUGGUGGGGCUUGAUUUUCAUUGCUUAAAUUUCCAUAGUUAACUGCAAAAGUUGAUCAAUAGCUUUAUUAACAGUUGAUCGAAAAAAGCAAAAUUAACUAAACAUGCUUCAAUGUGUUUUCCUCCCACUUAGUUUCAUUUGAUUCCAUUUUUCUCCAACUGAUUUUCUUCAUCAUGGGAUAUAUGUAGUCACCUAUUAUUAUAGGAGGAUAUAGCUAAGCUGUCUUUUCAAGAAUCUAUAAAAGUUGCCCUUUGGGUUCACCCACAGAAUAUUUCCACUAGGGCUCCAGCAAUGCUGUUUUCCUAUUUCAAAGUCCUCGUGCCAAGGACGGUGUUGCAGGAGUAGGGCUCAGAGGCUUAGUUUCCAUAGUUGCAAAAGUCUACUUAUAUUCAGAAAAUGAAUCAUAUGGCUCUAAGUCUUCAACAUAUUCAGCCGCGGAAAACCUUUAAGCCCCUCCAAUAAUGCGUCACAAAAUUGUAUAUUGGAAACUUUUUUAUAGGCUACUGCUCUCCACUUCAUUUUGGAUAUCGUCAGAGUUAACAGUAGGCUUUGCAACGUUGAAGUUAGCUG